CUGCUUUUCUCUGCAAUGCAGACAUGUCUGAUGAACGAAGACGUUAACUUCACAAACAUAAUUCGGGUGUGCGGCUACCCUAGCAGAGAGACAGGUGCAGGUGAUUCAGUCAACGCUCAAACCAUGGAAGCCCUGGAAGGCCCAUUAACAACAGUCUUCCUCCCUACCAUCUACAUCAUCGUGUUUGCUAUUGGGUUACCCACCAAUACCCUGGCCUUAUGGGUAUUCCUCUUUAGGACCAAGAAAAGGCACCCCUCAUCCAUCUACAUGGCCAACCUGGCUCUUGCUGACCUGCUUUAUGUCAUUUGGACACCCUUGAAAAUAGCGUACCAUUUUAAAGGUAACAACUGGAUCUUCGGUGAUGGGCUUUGCAAAGUGCUUGUGGCGUUCUUCUAUGCCAACAUGUACUGCUCCAUGGCGUUCAUCGCCUGCAUUAGUGUGCAACGUUACUGGGCUGUAGUCUACCCAAUGUCCCAGAGGCAAAGGAGCAAUGUUUUAGCAGUUUCCAUCUCUGUGGGGGUAUGGAUGUUGGUAUGGCUGACCACCAUCCCUCUCUACCUGUAUGAUCAAGAAGUAUACAUAAGAAACAUGGACAUCAAGACCUGCCAUGACGUCACCAGGCCCAGCCAAAAGAAAAUUGCCGCUGGAUACUUUUUGACAAUGGGAACACUAGGGUUUGUAGUCCCUGCAGUUGUAUGCAUCAUAUCCUACAUCCUUAUGCUGAAGGCUCUGCGGAGCAAUAUGGGAGAUUCUACCAUUGGCCAGAAGCGUCGCAAAGCCGUGGUUUUAAUCAUCACCGUCCUGGUCAUGUUUUUUCUCUGCUUUACUCCGAGUAACAUGAUGCUACUGGUGCACUAUACCCUCCUGCUUUUAGAAGCUGAGAACAACAUGUAUGGGUUUUAUAUCACCACCCUGUGCCUCGCCAGUCUCAACAGCUGCAUUGACCCUUUUAUUUACUACUUCAUCUCUGAGGACUUCAGGGAGCACGUGAAGAACACGUUUCUCUGCAGGAGUCAGAGAACGGUUGAGAGGAGCAAGGUCUCCUUCAGUGCUCUGAAGUUCUCCAAGGACAACACAUGUAAUUCCAGUACGUCACACACGCAGGGCAAGGAGUGCUGAAGGGUCAUUUUUACA